UGGCGGCUUUUGAAAGCUGUUAGUGACUCCAGUGCUGCGUGCAGCGUUCUCCUGAUUCUGCACUUUCUCUGCCAUUGAAAUGAGAGCAAUGAUGCCGUCACCUGGGCAGACCUGGAGCAUUGGAGCCCUGAGGACAUAGUGCAGCUGCUGCCUUGGAUCCAGAAGGCAUUGGGCAGGGAAGAGCCUUGAAUCUUGAGGUGGGCUGUUAACUCUAAGAUGUCCUUGAGCAGCGGAGCUUCCGGAGGGAAAGGAGUGGAUGCGAACCCAGUUGAGACGUACGACAGUGGGGAUGAGUGGGACAUUGGAGUAGGGAAUCUCAUCAUUGACCUGGACGCUGACUUGGAGAAGGAUCAGCAGAAAUUGGAGAUGUCGGGCUCCAAAGAGGUGGGGCUGCCAGCGCCCAAUGCUGUGGCCACAUUGCCAGAUAACAUCAAGUUUGUGACCCCAGUGCCAGGCCCGCAAGCCAAGGAGGGCAAGUCCAAAUCCAAGAGGAGUAAGAGUGCCAAGGACAGUGGCAAGCCUGCCCCAGGAACCUCCCUGUUCACUCCCAGUGAGGGAAGCAGUGGCAAGAAGGAGGUUCAGGGACGCUCUGGGGAUGGUGCGAACUCUGGUAGCUUGGUGGCUGCCAUCACCCCAAAGGGCUCGGAGAAAUCGGCCAAGACAUCCCGUAGCGUGGCCGGCUCCAAGAAGGAGAAGGAGGGCAGCUCGUCUAAGAGCAAGAAGGAAAGAAGUGAGGGGGCAGGGGCUCCGUCGGAGAAGGAGCCUAGCGUGCUCCAGCCUCUCGCUCUGGCUGUGAGGGUGGGACAAUAUGAUGGGGGCCAGGGGGCAGAACCUGCUGCUGCCGAGCAGCUUGGGAGUAUAGCUAUUGACACAGGAGCAGCACUCAAUCCCUUGGGAGUUAAACCAGAGCUGGAAGAUGGGGACAGUGAAUGCCGGCAGCUGAAAAAGGUCAAAUCAGAGAAGAUGGAGUCUCCGGUCUCCACCCCCGCGGUACUGCCACUGCACCUCCUUGUCCCUGUUGUCAAUAACGACAUCUCCUCCCCAUGUGAGCAGAUCAUGGUACGCACCCGCUCGGUGGGGGUGAACACAUGUGACGUAGCAUUGGCUACUGAGCCAGAAUGUCUGGGCCCCUGUGAACCCGGGACCAGCGUCAACCUGGAGGGCAUUGUCUGGCAGGAAACGGAAGAUGGUAUGUUGGUGGUGAACGUGACCUGGAGGAAUAAGACAUACGUGGGGACACUGCUGGACUGCACACAGCAUGACUGGGCGCCCCCCCGGUUCUGCGACUCUCCCACCAGUGACCUGGAGAUGCGGAAUGGCCGGGGCAGAGGGAAGCGCAUGCGUCCUAACAGCAACACGCCUGUGAAUGAGACUGCCACUGCCUCGGACAGCAAAGGGACCAGCAGCAGCAGCAAGACCCGGGCAGGGGCCAACAGCAAAGGGCGCCGGGGCAGCCAGAACUCCUCAGACCACCGUACCCCGCCCAGCGGUGCUGGUGAGGAUGUGAAGGCCAGCCCCUCCUCAGUGACCAAGAGGAAAAGCAAGCCCCUCUCUGACAUGGAGCUGAACUCCAGCUCCGAGGACUCCAAAGGGAGCAAACGCAUUCGCACCAACUCGAUGGGCUCGGCUGCCGUGCCCCCGGCUGGGGUCAAGGUGGAGCCUGCUGUCCUGGACAGGAAUUGUCCCUCCCCUAUCCUUAUUGACUGCCCCCACCCAAACUGUAACAAGAAAUACAAGCACAUCAACGGACUCAAGUACCACCAGGCGCACGCGCACACAGAUGAUGAUAGCAAGCUGGAGGCAGAUGUGGACAGUGAGUAUGGCGAGGAGCCUUCCCUUCACACGGACAUUGGGAGCUGCAAUGGGGCUCCUAUCUCACAGAAGGGUUCUCUCUCGCCAGCUCGAUCAGCCACCCCCAAAGUCCGGCUGAUAGAACCCCACAGCCCUUCUCCAUCCAGCAAGUUCAGCACCAAGGUCCCCUGCAAGAAGAAGCUGGGAGGGGAAGGAGACACAGAUCCUGGGGCCCUGUCCAACGAUGGCUCUGAGGAUGGCCCCUCGGUGGCCGAUGAGACAAGUAACGAUGGCUUCGACUCACUGGAGAAGAGGUGUGUUGAAAAGGACAAGUCAAAGAAGCCAGUCAGCACAAAGCCAGAGAAGAUCCCUUCUAAAAGCUUAAAGUCUGCCAGACCCAUCGCCCCUGCCAUUCCCCCCCAGCAGAUCUACACCUUCCAGACAGCCACCUUCACUGCGGCAAGCCCUGGUGCCUCCACUGGCUUGACCACUACUGUGGUCCAGGCCAUGCCUAACAGCCCCCAGCUCAAACCCAUCCAGCCAAAGCCAACAGUCAUGGGAGAACCAUUCACAGUCAACCCUUCCCUGACUCCUUCCAAGGAUAAGAAGAAAAAGGACAAGAAAAAGAAAGAGUCCAAGGAAGUUGAAAACCCCCUGACUCCUGGGAAGGUCUGCAGGGCAGAGGAAGGAAAGAGCCCCUUCAGGGGGGAAUCCAGUGACCUAGGGACCAAAAGCGAGGGGCUUCUGAAUGGUUCAUCUGACCCCCACCAGAGCCGGCUUGCCAGUAUCAAGGCUGAGGCAGAUAAAAUCUACAGUUUCACGGACAAUGCUCCAAGCCCAUCCAUUGGAGGCACAAGCAGACUGGAGAAUGCCAACCCGGCCCAGCCUAUGACGCCACUGCAUGUUGUCACCCAGAAUGGGGCUGAGGCCAGCUCAGUGAAAACCAACAGCCCAGCCUAUUCAGACAUCUCGGAUGCAGGAGAAGAUGGGGAGGGUAAAUUGGAGAGUGUGAAGGCUAAGGACCCUGAGCAGCUGAUAAAAGAAGGUGCAAAGAAAGCACUCUUUCCUGCCCAGACCCAGAGCAAGGACUCCCCGUACUACCAGGGUUUUGAAACCUACUACUCCCCAGGCUACCCCCAGUCGAGCCCUGGGCCCAUGAACCCCAGCAGUCAGGUGGCAGCAGAGACGCAGUCCCUAAAGAUGAAAAAGGAUGAGGAGCAAGAGAGCCCUGAGGUGAAGGUGAAGAGUGAAGGCAGUGAAGAGAAGAAGACGGAGCUGAGCAGCUCUAGCCAGCAGCCCUCUGUCAUCCAACAACGACCCAACAUGUACAUGCAGUCCCUCUACUACAACCAGUAUGCCUACGUGCCCCCCUAUGGCUACAGUGACCAGGGCUACCAUGCCCACCUGCUGAGCACCAACCCGGCUUACCGCCAGCAGUAUGAAGAGCAGCAGAAGCAGAGGCAGAACCUGGAGCAGCAGCAGCAGCAGCGAGGGCUGGAGAAGAAAGCAGAGCUCAGCAUGAAGGAGAGAGAGGUGGCCCUCAAGGAGGAGUGGAAGCAAAAGCCCUCUGUCCCGCCAACCCUCACCAAAGCCCCCAGCCUCACAGAUCUGGUGAAAUCUGGGCUGAGCAAGACCAAGGAGCAGGGGGCUGCUGACACGGCCAAGUCCGUGAUCAUUCCCAAGCUGGAGGACUCCAAGCUGCCCAGUCAGGUGGCAGAGGGACUCAAGGUGAAGCUAAGUGAGGCUGGCCACCUGGGGAAGGAGGCCACAGAGACAAAAGCUGGCUCUGAGUGCAGCCGGCAGGCGGAGGUGGACCCUGUUCUCUGGUACAGACAGGAAACAGAGCCCCGGAUGUGGACCUAUGUUUAUCCCGCCAAGUACUCGGACAUCAAGACUGAGGACGAGCGGUGGAAGGAGGAGAGGGACAGGAAGUUGAAAGAAGAGAGGAGCCGAAGCAAAGAGGCCAUCCCCAAGGAGGAUGGGAAGGAGAGCACAAGCUCCGAGUGCAAGCUAACGCCCACUGAGGAGUCCCGCAUGGUGGGGAAGGAUCCCCGGCCCAGCGUCCAUGUUCCCGUGUCCUCCCCCCUCACCCAGCACCAGUCCUACAUCCCCUACAUGCACGGCUACUCCUACAGCCAGUCCUAUGACCCCAACCACCCCAGCUACCGGGGCAUGCCGACGGUCAUGAUGCAGAACUACCCAGGAUCGUACCUGCCCUCCAGCUACUCCUUCUCCCCCUAUGGGAGCAAGGCCUCUGGGAGCGACGACAGCGACAAGUCUCGAGCCAGCCCCAGCGUGAGCUGCAAAUCCAGCUCGGAGUCCAAGGCCCUGGACAUCCUGCAGCAGCAUGCCAGCCACUACAAGAGCAAGUCCCCCACGAUAAGCGAGAAGACGUCUCAGGAGCGAGAGCUCAGUGGCUGUGGGGUGGUGGGGGGAGGCGGAGGCUGCAGCACUGUCGGGGCAGCGGGAGGCGGGGAGAGGAGCGUGGACCGACCCCGGACCUCCCCUUCCCAACGCCUCAUGUCAACGCAUCACCACCACCACCACCUAGGGUACUCGCUGCUGCCAGCACAGUACAACCUGCCCUAUGCAACAGGUCUCUCUUCUACAGCCAUUGUUGCCAGCCAGCAGGGCUCCACCCCCUCCUUAUACCCACCUCCCCGGAGGUGAGAACGGACAUGAUGUGGUCGGAUAUCCUAGGCUGCCCCAAGUCAUGUGACUGGCUCACAUGAGGAAGCGCUGCAAAUUCCAUUAGACAUCAGUUGAAUGGUGUUAAUUGUUCUGUUUGACGUUCCUGCCAUAAUCUGAGGCAGACUCUGUCUUCUCCCCUGUCGGACACGUGCUGAAUUCCCCCCCCCCCCCCC